GGGCGGGGACAGAGCCCAGAGCGAGGCCGCAGCAACGGGCCGGCUCCGCCAUUUUGUGGCCGUUCCCCCCCCCCCUUCCCUCAGCGAGCUAUCUGGGUGCCGCCACCUCUUUCCCUCCCCCCAGGCGGGGACAAAAAAGCAGCGCGGGGCGCGGCGGACACGGAUUGAGGGCGAUCACGGGUGGAUGGUGCCGGCAGAGUGGUCAUUUUUGUGAAAGAAGGGAAGCCAGACCCAGGACCGGUGUUGCAACUUCAACCAACACCGUGGAAGGAUACACUGAGGGAAACGGGGAGACUGCACAGCAUCCAGGCGUGGUGUUACUCAACUGUGUCGAGCGGACGCUGGGUCAGCAGGGGACCCAGGACGUGGACGCCUCGUCUGGCAGGCCGACUUUCCAGAAUGUGUUCAGCACCGAGCAUGCCCUGCAGCAGCUACCCAACAGCUUGGCCGUUCUGGAGCGCCCUGAGUGUGUCUACGUCACCAGCAGAGGAGGCUGCAAGAUGCAAAGCAGUCCUGCCCUGCAGUACAACGCACACCACAGACAGGUCACACAGAACAAGGAGAGAAUGACUGGUAGCAGCCCCAUCUUGCCCACCUCCUCCUCCUCCUCCUCUUCCUCCUCCUCUUCUUCUUCCUCUUCCUCCUCAUCUUGCUCCUCCUCCUCCUCUUCCUCCUCUGCCUCCUCAUCAUCCUCCUCUUCCUCCUCCUCUCCAGCCUCCAGCGCAGGAGCCUCUCCAGCCCACCCUGGCUGCCUGGCCAACGACUCCCUGGACGGGCUGGGCUCGCUGAGGGGGCACGGCCGGGUAUCACUGAGCCCUGGGCUCUGGGAGUCCAGCCAGGCACACCAGGCUGUCAAGGGCCAAGCCUGGGACAAGACGCAGGCUGAGAUCGCUGAGCAGGCCAAGCACGAGGCUAAGAUCGAGCACCGGAUUGCUGAAUUGCGUCGGGAGGGUCUGUGGUCUCUGAGGCGGCUGAACCGUGUGACGGAGCCCAGCCGUCCGAAGGCCCAGUGGGACUACCUGUGCGAGGAGAUGCAGUGGCUGUCAGCUGACUUCUCCCAGGAGCGGCGUUGGAAGAGAGGUGUGGCGAGGAAGGUGGCAAGGACAGUUCUGCGAUUCCAUGAGGACCUGCGGCAGAAGGAAGAGAGGGCCAAAAGGGAAGAGCAGGCCAAACUCCGCCGCAUUGCCUCCAAUGUCGCCAAGGAGGUCAAACAGUUCUGGGCCAACGUAGAGAAGGUGGUCCAGUUCAAGCAACAGUCACGCCUGGAAGAGCGGCGGAAGAAGGCCCUUGACCUGCAGCUUGACUUCAUCGUGGGGCAGACUGAGAAAUAUUCGGACCUACUAAGCCAGAGUUUGCAGGAGUCCUUGCCUACCAGCAAGCCCGGCUCUUCUCUGCUCGGCUCGUCCUUGGCUGGGUCCGGAGCCUCCAGCCCCCCGGCAUCUGGCUCUGCCACGGAGGACGAAGAUUUCGAGCCACAGGAAGAGGAGGACGAUGAGGAAACCAUUGAGGUGGAGGAGAGACGUGCAGGUAACGACACUGAGGCCCGGCGCCGGGAGAUUGAGUUGCUGCGGAGGGAGAGCGAGCUGCCGCUGGAAGAGGUGUUGCGCUCCCUGCCGGUGACCACCACCACCUGCGGGCAGGCAACCAGUGAAGACGGCUGCUGGAGCUCCUCGGAGGAGGAGGAGGAAGAAGAGAGAAGGCCACCCAGGACACGGGAGAACAACCGGCGAUGUUCAACUCGCAGGCGGCCGAGGCGGAGGUCUUCCCAGGAGCUGGAUGAUGAGGAAUUUAACGCUGACCAUGAGGAAGAUGAGGAUGAUGAGUGGACGAUUGAUGCGGAGGAGGAGCUGGCAGGAGAUGUGGACCACACAGCUGAGUUGGACGAACUGGCCAGAGAAAGUGAAUUGCCCGUUGCUGAUCUGCUGCGCAAGUAUGGCCGAGCUUUCACGGAGCCUUUUGAGGCACUGGACUCCCCCUCUGAGGGCACCUCUGACUCAGAGGAAGAUGGCGAGGAUACCACGUCUGAGUAUGAGGAGAGCAGCCAUUCUUCUGAUUCUGACGACUUGACGGCAUCAGAGGAUGAGGAGGAGGAGGAGGAUGAAGAGGAUGAGGAGGAGCAGGAGAUUGGUGUUGAGUACCUGCUGCAAGACGGCUUAGAAGAUGAGGAGCUGAACAGGGAGCCGACACCUUCCAGGGGUCCCAAGAAGGAAAUCACAGACAUUGCAGCUGCAGCUGAGAGCCUUCAGCCCAAGGGCUACACCCUGGCCACCACCCAGGUGAAGACACCGGUGCCCUCCCUGCUUCGUGGGACGCUGCGGGAGUACCAGCACAUCGGCCUGGACUGGCUGGUCACCAUGUAUGAGAAGAAGCUGAAUGGCAUCCUGGCUGAUGAGAUGGGGCUGGGCAAGACCAUCCAGACUAUUGCCCUGCUUUCCCACCUGGCUACAGAGAAGGGGAACUGGGGCCCUCAUCUCAUCAUCGUGCCCACCAGUGUGAUACUGAACUGGGAGAUGGAAUUCAAAAGGUGGUGUCCCUCCUUCAAGAUCCUCACCUAUUAUGGCGUGCAGAAGGAGCGCAAACUGAAGCGGCAGGGCUGGACCAAACCCAAUGCUUUCCAUGUCUGUAUCACCUCCUACAAGCUGGUGCUCCAAGACCACCAGGCCUUCCGCCGCAAGAACUGGAAGUAUAUGAUCUUGGACGAAGCGCAGAACAUUAAGAACUUUAAGUCGCAGCGUUGGCAGUCCCUGCUCAAGUUUAACAGCCAGAGGCGCCUGCUGCUAACAGGAACUCCGCUACAGAACAGCCUAAUGGAACUGUGGUCGCUUAUGCACUUCCUGAUGCCACACGUCUUCCAGUCCCACCGUGAGUUCAAGGAGUGGUUUUCCAACCCGCUCACUGGCAUGAUCGAGGGCAGCCAGGAGUACAAUGAGAACCUGGUCAAGAGGCUGCACAAGGUCCUGCGGCCGUUUCUCCUGCGCAGGAUUAAGGUGGACGUGGAGAAGCAGAUGCCAAAGAAGUAUGAGCACGUGGUGCAAUGCCGCUUGUCAAAACGACAGCGGUACCUGUAUGAUGACUUCAUGUCUCAGGCUUCCACCAAAGAGACUCUGGAGAGUGGCCACUUCAUGAGUGUGAUCAACAUCCUGAUGCAGUUGCGAAAAGUUUGCAACCACCCCAAUCUUUUUGACCCACGCCCCAUCCACUCGCCCUUUAUCACUGAGGGCAUCUGUUACACCACUGCCUCCUGUGUGCUCCGGGCCCUUGAGUACCAGCCUUUCAAGCAAGUGGACCUAGGCAUGUUUGACCUGAUCAACUUGGAGGGCCGUCUCUCCAGGUACGAGUCGGAAACCUUCCUCCCCAACCACAAGGUCUCUCUGAAGCUGAUCGAAGAGGUUGCCGACGGACCGGACCCACCACCACGACCCCGUCCUGUACGAAUGAAGGUGAACAGGAUGCUGCAACCUGCACAGAAGCCGGACGGGCGGACGGUUGUCCUGGUCAACAGUCCACGGCCACCGGUGCCGGUGCCCCAGAACUCACCGCAGACACCGGUGCAAAUACGUCCUCCUGAGGUUCUUCAGACCAUGCAGAGCACAGUCCCUCUCCACCCUAUUGUCAGUCCGACCACACAGGUUGUUACUGCUUCACCAGGAAUGCCGUCUCCGCUCUCCCUCCCUCAGGUGGUGACACCCCCACGAAACCCCGUGCUGGGGGCCGCUCUUCAGCCACCUCCUCCCUCAGUUAGUCUGGGGGUGGGGGUAAGGCCGGUGCCUGUACAGGCAUUGAGGGUGGCCCCGGCUGUGCGUGGCCCCCAAUCCCUGGCCGGAUACACAGUGCAGGCAGGGGCAAGUGGACCCCUCCCUCAGCGCCUCAUCCUCUCUCCCGACAUGCAGGCCCGACUGCCCACGGGAGAGGUGGUCAGUAUCGGGCAGCUGGCAUCACUGAGCAGCCGUCAGCAGCCGGUCCCCACCCCGGGCAGUAAACCUCUCACCUUCCAGAUCCAGGGCAACAAGCUGACGCUGGCUGGGACCCCCCUCCGGCCUCUGGGGACCGCACCACCCCGGCAGCUGCAAGGGAACGUGGUCCACCUAGUAUCGGGUGGGACUCACCACCUCGUGGGACAGCCCGCUCAGCUGGCCCUGAUCCAGGCCAUGGCCCAGCCAAGUGGUCAGCCCACACUGCAAGCCGUGUCUGUUCCCCACCCCGCUGUCUCCUCUGCUCCAGCUCGUCUCAGUGUCCCACUCAACGCCACCCCAGUGCCCGGCUCUGUGGUGACCAGCUCUGGUGUGGUAAAGAUCGUGGUGCGUCAAGCGCCCAAGGAUUGCCUCCCGCUGCCCCUUCCUCAGCCUCGGCCACUGCCCAUCCCUGCUACCCGUCUGCAGCCCGCCACCCGCCUGCAGCCGGCCACCCCCAUCCCAUCAACCCGGGUCCAGCUGCCCCUUGGCAACCCCCCACCUGGUCUUGCCCAUCGCCCUGUACUGCGUGUGGUCCAGGCUCCCCCCGUCACUACUGAGCAAGCUGCUCCCACUGUGACGCGGCUGGUGGUUUCUGGGGCUGGCCCGGCAGAGAAGGAAGACACAGAGCUGCCCACCCUACGGCCAGUGUGUGCCGCACCCACUGCCCCCGCCCAGCCGAUCGCAUCUACCUCACUGGCGGCGCUGAGACCAAGGCGACAGGUGGCCCAGCUCGCCAAGUCUCCCUACCGACUGGAGUCGCUUGAACAGAAGAGGCUCCAGCAUCGGAAAGAACGACUGGAGCGAAUCCACGCACUGAAUGAGCGCCGCUGCUCCACGUGUCCUGUCUAUGGCACCGAGCUCCUGCGGCUCUGCAAUCUUUCCACCCAUGGGCCCCCUCCUCCAGCCCCGACCGAGGAGGGGAGUGGUGGGGCGGAUCGCUGGCGGGGACUGGGCUACGCCCACUGUCUGGCAGCACAAACAGGGCAGGAAAAGCGGGGUCCUGAGGCGUACUGGAGGACCACGCCAGCGCUGGACAGAGCUGUACGCAACCCCGAGGAGAGGAUCGAGCAACUGGGGGACGUCAUCGAUAGGUUCAUCUUCGUUAUACCUCCCGUGGAGGCCCCACCCAUCCGGAUGCACGUCUCCCACCCUCCCCCCUCAGACCGUCACCGGCAGCUGCUUCUUGCUGAGACCCUGCACCAGCAGCUCGCCCCUCGGACUGCUCGGCUUCACCGCAUCAUCUGCAACAUGAGGACGCAGUUCCCCGACCUCCGUCUUAUUCAGUAUGACUGUGGGAAGCUGCAGGUCCUGGACCCCCUGCUGCGACGGCUGAAGGCCGAGGGACAUCGGGUGCUUCUCUUCACCCAGAUGACGCGCAUGCUGGACGUGCUGGAGCAGUUCCUCAACUUCCAUGGCCACAUCUACCUACGGCUCGAUGGCAGCACCAGGGUGGAGCAGCGCCAGAUCCUAAUGGACCGCUUCAAUGCUGACAAGCGCAUCUUCUGCUUCAUCCUCUCCACGCGGAGUGGCGGGGUGGGGGUGAAUCUGACCGGGGCGGACACUGUGCUUUUCUACGACAGUGACUGGAACCCCACCAUGGAUGCCCAGGCCCAGGAUCGGUGUCACCGCAUCGGCCAGACCAGAGAUGUCCAUAUCUACAGGCUGAUUAGUGACCGUACCGUGGAGGAGAACAUCCUGAAGAAGGCCAAUCAGAAGCGGAUGCUGGGGGACCUAGCCAUCGAAGGGGGCAACUUUACCACUGCCUUCUUCAAGGAGCAAACCAUCCGAGAACUGUUUGACGUCCCGACAGAAGAGCCCCAGAAGGAGCCAGAGUUGCCUCUGCCACCUCCUCUUCCCCCACCGCCCCCCACUCCCCGGCCAGAAGAGGAGGACUCUGUUUCGGCCAAGCAAACGCAAAUCCUGGAACAGGUACUGGGCAGGGCAGAGGAUGAGGAGGACAUGCGUGCGGCUUCGCUAGCCAAAGCGGAACAGGUGGCGGACCUGGCCGAGUUCAAUGAGAGCAUCCCUCUGGAGGGUGAGGAGGGAUCAGCCCGCGAAGAAGAGGAAGAGUUGUCCAAGGCCGAGCAGGAGAUUGCCGCCCUGAUGGAGCAGCUCACCCCCAUCGAGCGCUACGCCAUGAACUACCUGGAAGCCACGCUGGAAGACGUUAGCAGGGAGGAGUUGAAGCAGGCAGAGGAGCAGGUGGAGGCUGCCCGGAAGGACUUGCACCAGGCUCAGGACGAGAGCUGGAGCUGGGGAGAUGGCGAAGAAGAGCCCCUCCCGUCUGAGGAGCCAACCAACCGGCGUCCGAGGAGGUCCCGCCCCCAGCCACCUCCCCGCCCCAGCACUCGUCUAAGCAGGCGACUGCGUGGAUGCCGUGUUCCUGAUGGGGAGGGCGAAGAGGUUGCACUGGCACUGCCUCCACCACCACCUCCCCCUCCGCCCCUCCCUCCACCCCUGCCUUUUGAGGCCUCCGCUACUCGUGACCUGCACAUCCACAUCAGCAGUGAGCUCCCUGAGCAGAUCUUCGCUGAGGAGGCCGGGUCGGAGGUUUGGGGGGCUGAUGGGGUCCGGCCUGGCCCCUGCACACCGACCCCUGUGUCUGAUGGUUCUCACCCCACAGAGACGGGAACUACAGAGAUGAGAGAGUCAGGGACAGUCCAGGGACAGGUAGAGACAGCGACUGAGACCAGACUGGGACAGAAGGAGAUGGAAGAGAUGGGGACAGUCCCGGGACAGGUAGAAACAGCGACUGAGACCAGACUGGGACAGACUGAGACGGUCCCAGAACCUAGGGAGACUGGACAGACAGAGUUGGGACAGGCAAAGACAGAGAGAGUUCCAGGACGGGUGGAGACAGGACCGAAAGAGGCAGAAACGCUCACUGGCCAAAUGGAGACAGAGACUGCCCCUGCAGAUGGUCAGCCAGAGGGCCAAGCUUUGAGUGUUCUUGUUGCCACGGGUGAGACGUCAGUAACCGAGGAGCCAGCAGUAGAGGGGCAGAGGUUGCAAGACAGCCCCUCUCUAGUUCCCACGGACGCAGCAGGCCAAAGGUCACAUGAGCGCAAACCGGUGACAUUGCAUACCAUGGAUGCAGAGCAUCGAAGAUCAGGAGAGGGCGAACUGCAAUCAUCGGUUAGCAUGGAUGCAGAGGUUCAAAGUUCAAGAGAGGGUGAGCAAAAGGAAUCAAUUCCUGUGGAUACGGCUCGAAGAUCGGGUGAUGUUGAUCCACAGCCAUUGGUUACCAAGGACACAGAGGGUCAAAGGUUGGGAGGGGAUGACCCAGGUUCAUCAGUUACUGUGGACACUGAGGGUCAAAGGUCGGGAGAGGGUGACCCAGGGACAUUAGUAACAGUGAACACCGCGGUUCAAAGGUUGGAAAAGAACGACCCAGGGAUAUUGGUUGCCACAGAGAUGGACCAUCAAAGGUUGAGAGAAGGCAACCAAGAGACAUUGGUCAGCAUGGAGGCAGAGGGUCAGAGUUCGAGGCCCACCAGUCCACAUGUUCUGGAUGCUACAGAGGGUGAAGAUGAAGAGGAGGAGGAGGACAAAGAGGUUGUACCACCUCCCCGUCCUCCAGUCAAGCGGAGGCGCCGGACAGCUGACCAGGCCCUAGUGAGGGAGGGGCUGCCGGCUAGUGAGGGGGCCCAACUCUCGGCCACCGUCCUGCGCCGGGUCCCUGGCCGAAUCAAUGUCAUUGUCCGGCGGCCUGAGCCACGCCCCGUCAAAGCUAAGCGCGUCCGCCUCUCCCCAGAGGUGGAACAAGGAAAGGCGGAGGAGGCUUCCUCGGGUCCUCCACCACCAGCCCCCACCCAUCGGUCUACACGCCAGCGCCCUGGUGACCUCCUGCCACCCCUAGAGAGGCGCCGCUACAGGCCUCGAGGUCGUCAAGCUGUCCGCUCUCCUCCCUCUCUUCCCACACCAACCCCUCUUCCCACACCAACCCCUCUUCCCCCUCCUCCCUCUCCUCCCCCACCAACCCCUCUUUCACCUCCAGCCCCUCUUCCCACCCCACCCCCUCCAGCGCCAUCCAGGAAGAGGGGCCGCCCCAUCUCCUCCCACUCUCCAGGUCCCCCACCCAAAGUCCGGAUCCCUGGCCGAAGGGGGCGACCUCCCAAGAAUCCCCAACUCCGCAUCUCAUCCCUACCCUUUACCCCCCCUCCUCCUCCUCCUCCGCCUCCACCACCACCACCACCGCCUCCUCCCCCCCAACCCCGCCGGGGAAGGCCACCUGGGAGAAAGUCUCGAGGCAGAGCACGUCCCUCCAUGCAUCGUCCCCCUCCUCCUCCACCCCCUCUCCCGCGCCGCAGGGGAAGACCCCCCUCUGUCAACCGGAGGGGCCGCCGGCCCAAGGCCUAAUUCACUCCCCAACCACCAGCCCCCCCCUCCAUCCUGGGACAACUGGGAGGCAGGAGGUCACACACUGUGGAGACCAUAUUCCUCCCAGUCCUCAGACCCCAGGGUGAAGGAAAUAUCCCAUGUGAUCUCCAUCUCUCACACCCUCAUUGCUUCCUGUUCUCUCUCCUUACCCCUUCUCUCUGCCCUCUUCCCCCCUUCCUCAACUUCCUCUUUCCUUCCUUUCUCCCACUCAAGCCCGUAAGUGGAUGUGCAAGUGUGUGUGUAGGGAGUGGAGAUGCUGUGAACCCCCAACAGGAGCUUGUGAGGGGCAGGGGACUCUCCCCUCGCUUGUCACACACUGAUGGAUUGGGGUUGGGUUUACAGCAUCUGUGCCCACGUUUCCACAGCCUGCUGGGACAUGGACAUGGGUUCCCCCAGCAGCUGGUGAUUGGGUGCUCCACACCCACUGACCAACAUCCACCCCUCCUUUUAGGAUGGGGGGGGCAGAGGAAUGCAGAGAGGGGUGGCACCCUCCCAUUCCCUGCUCUCCCUUCUCCCAGCAAGAUGGGGACCAAACACUGCCCCUCCCUCCCCUGCGUUCUCCGAUGAUCUAGUUGUUCCAAUUAUGUUCAAUGACAUGAGAAAUUACAGAUUACGACUGUGUCUUUCCUGUCCCCUUGUACAGCCAACUUGACUCCAGGGUAAACCUCUCCUCCCAGCCCGACUAGACGCUCCCUUAUUGUACUAUACAUGUAUCUUUUGAAUAAAAUCUAUGCAAAGAAUAUUUUGUAUGGAAAACGGAGACAAGCGUUCACAUGUGUGACAGAAAUAAAGAGAUAUUAACA